UUCACUUUGAGAGUGUGUAAACUGCUAUACUGGUCCUCAUAUAUGUUUGUGCAAUAUUUUAAUAUUUAGUUCUCAGAGAAGAUGCGGCUCUGCGGAAAACUCGCGGUGUUUCUGCUGCUCGUUUGGCUCGCAGCUGGAGAGAAAAGGAUGGGAAGAAAGAAAGAUGAAGCCAAGGACGGAGUCGCGUUCAGGGGGAAACUCUCAGCACGAGCCGGAGAGCGGUGCACGUGGACGGUAACCAGAGAGAAGACGCAGUACACGUUAAACGUCACGUGUCUCGCCAUAAGGAAGGGGGAACCCCGGAGCGGGUACGGCUGUGAGUACACCGGCGAGCCCGCGCUCUGCUCCGCGUUCAGGUCGAAGCCCGGCACCUUCUGGAAGCAGAUCUCUCGCGCGCUGAAGCAGAACAAGCGGCACCUGUGCGCGGAGCAUCACCUGACCCUACGAGCGCGUGCGUGCGAACGCGCGCCUGCGGACGCUCACUUCAGGUUCCUCAGACCGCACAAGGAAAUCACCUUGACGACAACCGCGCUGAGGACGGGGCCUUCAGAGGACACACCCACGACGGGGUGCACGCGACGCGCGGAUCACAGAGGGCUCGCGCAAGAGAAAUGCGGGGACGCGUGGGGAAGCUUCUGCAACUUUCUGUUCAGCAUGGUUCAGAGUGGGGACUGCUGAGUGUGUGUGUGUGUGUGUGUGUGAGAGAGAGAG